AAAGAUGACAUGGUGCAAUGACUCUGAUGAGGAGAAGGGCAUUGAAUCAGUCAGGCCCACUAUUACUCCUAGAACUACUAAUAACACCGAAGAAAUUCGAACCAUAACAUGCCCCUCAUGCGGCCAUAACAUUGAAUUCAAAGAUCAGGGUGGAAUUCAUGACUUGCCGGGGUUACCAGCAGGAGUGAAAUUUGAUCCGAAUGAUCAAGAAAUACUAGAACAUUUGGAAGCCAAGGUGGCGUCUGAUGUGUGCAAGCUUCAUCCCCUUAUUGAUGAGUUCAUACCAACGCUUGAAGGCGAGAAUGGAAUCUGUUAUACACACCCAGAAAAGCUACCAGGAGUAAGCAAUGAUGGACAGAUCCGCCACUUCUUUCAUAAGCCUUCUAAAGCAUACACAACUGGAACAAGGAAAAGAAGAAAGGUUCACACUGAUGAAGAAGGAAGUGAAACAAGAUGGCACAAAACGGGCAAAACUAGACCAGUUUUUGCUGGUGGUGCAGUGAAGGGUUUUAAAAAGAUAUUAGUACUCUACACCAACUAUGGCAGGCAAAAGAAACCUGAGAAGACUAAUUGGGUGAUGCAUCAAUACCAUCUUGGCAGUAAUGAAGAAGAAAAAGAUGGAGAAUUAGUGGUUUCAAAGGUCUUCUACCAGACACAACCUAGACAAUGUGGUAAUUCCAUUAUAAAGGAUCCAUACGAAAGAAUAUUGAAUGACCGAAGUAGCCACAAUGAAAGUACAAUACCUAAUAAUACAGCACUUGUGGAUUACUACAGUACUGCUCCUUAUAUAAAUUAUGACCAUGUCCAUGUUCAUGUUGAUACUAACAGUGAAAGCUCCCCACAACUUAUUUCAAACUUAAUUGUCCAAGGUGAUGGCUCUUACAUUCGCGUAGCAAUGGAUGCAAAUAAAGCAAGAAGACUGGACAGAAAGUAA